ACUUUCUUCUUUCUGCAUGCAUGUGUGUGAUGUUAAGGGACCGCCACUGUUCAUCCACUUUAAUAAAACCUAAACCUCAUAUUCUGUUGAAGGCUUUGUAGUAGAGGAUUUAUUAUCUGCUCCUAUUUUUUUUUUUUUUUUUUGCACAAUGACAAUAAGAUCAGACCGAGACCAUGGUCAACGUUAUCGGCCACGGAUGGCCUGCCUCAAAAAGGUGGAGGCCAUAGUGGUUCAGAUGCAGGACCCAACAAAUGGAGUUAAAAAAUCAGAACAGAAGCUAAAUGUUACAACAAUUCCUCAUGCAAUGGCUGGUGAGGACAUCCUUGUGUGGAUUGCCAACCAUAUGAAGACAAACUGUGAAGAGGCUCAAGCAUUUGGCACAAUGUUAGUGGCAUGUGGGUACAUCUACCCUCUCCAGGACCACAAAAAACUUGUACUUAAACCAGAUAGCAGUUUGUACCGCUUUCAGACCCCUUAUUUCUGGCCUGUGCAGAAAUGGAAGGCUGAAGACACUGAUUACGCAAUCUAUCUUGCAAAGAGAAACAUUCGCAAAAAGGGAGUACUUGAUGCUUAUGAACAGGAGGAAUACAACAAACUUCACAAAUGGAUGAACCACAAAUGGGAUUUUAUUGUAAUGCAAGCUAAAGAGCAGUACCAUGCUGGGAAGGAACGUAAGAAGCCAGACAGAGUGGUGUUUGACUGUCAAGAGAGAGCUUACUGGAUUGUCCACAAACCUCCGCCACAGACUCACAGUGGCAUGGAUUAUGGCAUGGAUCGCCAUAUCAAUCCUAAUGCAGAGGAGAAAAAAACCUACGAUUACUACAGAAGAAUUAUCAUCUACACACAGCAAGCCAUCAUGAGAUCAAGGGUCAAGUCUUCAGUGUCUCUUGGAGCCAUUGUCAAGUACAUAACAACAUACAAGAACCACGACCCGUUCCUGGUUCCCUGUCUUCCGAGCAACCCCUGGCAAACUGAUGAUGACACAUACUGGGAGCUAAACAUGCCGAAUGUUGAAGUUCCCACAAAGAUGAGAGUUGAACGUUGGUCCUUCAGUUUUUUUGAGUUGCUCAGUGACCCACGGGGCCGUGCAGACUUUAAGGUCUUCCUUAAGAAAGAAUUUAGUGGGGAGAAUAUGGCUUUCUGGGAAGCUGCUGAGGAGAUGAAAUGGGGAGCAGCAUCUUCUAUGUCAGAAAAGGCAGAGAGUACCUUUAAAACGUUUUUGGCCCCAGGAGCACCGCGCUGGAUCAACAUUGAUGGCAGGACUAUGGGUAUUACAGUGAAAGGUUUAGAGCAUCCUCACCGCUAUGUGCUGGAUGCUGCGCAGAACCACAUCUUCAUGCUCAUGAAAAAGGAUACAUUUUAUCGCUACUUAAAGUCGCCUGUUUACAAGGAAAUUCAAAAGAAGGCCAUUUCACCAGCACCACACAAUUUUACUGAUGCUCAACUGCAGCAGAACAGCAGGAACCGCAGGAGCAGCAUCCACCCCAUCAUCACCUGGCAACAGGAACAGGAAGAGAAAGCAAAGGCAGCAGCCGCAGCUGGACCGGUGGACAUUAAAAAGCUGAAAGAGAUGGCCAGCAAACUAGAUCGCAAAUAAAAGGUUGGAAGCUAUGGUUCAGGACAGGACAACAGCGGUCUGUCUGGUUGUUUAAAGUAGACCAGUACAAAGGUUUAAUUAUCCUUGGGUGAACUACAUGUGAAGAUCCAGUAGGCGUAUAAUAUAGAGCUAAUCUUAUGGACUCUGUAAUGUAAUUCUUGCAUGAAAUUUGCUGGGCUCUGAAUUAAUAUCAAUGUAAAUAUGACUCUGAGAAAACAAUGAGUGGUUUGACACACCUGGUGUGUGUAUGCGGUAAAUGCUGAAUAGAUUUACUGUUCUGUAAUCUAUUUCUACAUAUAAAAUAUAUAUUUUGUAGUGGAUGUUCUUAGUAUAAAUACA